CGCAGAGACCAAAACCACAUACUUAUACCAAAACUACACGUAUUAAACUUCUUAAUGCACUAAUGGUGGAUAUGUACUGUGUAGUUUGCUAGUAUGCGGUUUCGGACACAGCCUAGUACAAGCUAGGUUGAACGGCUGUUACCGUGGAAACCUGGAAGCGGUAAAGGAAACAGAGAUGGAAGAGAAUCUUGAAAACCAGCGGUUACAUUACCUUAAAACUACGAACUAAAACUUUUAUAAGACAUACUUAAUAGCUAUUUACACUGUCUUUUUCACUGAAGCUGUCUCUGUACCUUUCUACCUUCUAUGUACCAUGCUUUUAAUCUUUUCCUUCGUUCUUUCUAGUUGUUUGUGUGGAUGAACAAACUAGCUAGCGUUAGCCAGGUUGCUAACAUGACAGAUACCGUCAGCUAGCUAACCUCUCCAGUCAACAUAUUUCGCACGCCAUAUAUUUUUUCUGCUAAUGUUCAUUUUUGCUGAUGAUUUUGAGAUAUUUGACAUGUCCGCGACAAUCAACCCACUUGCAAAUCCCAAAGGAGGGAAGAAAUUGUGUGAACUUUGUCAGAAACCAGCUUACCUCCAGUGCUCGAAAUGUCGAGUCGCCUUCUAUUGUGAUGUGGCGCACCAGCAGGCAGACUGGAACAGUAUCCAUAAGAGGGUGUGUGAGCUGCUUAUUCCCAUACGAGCAUCUACUCCUUUCCACUCUUUGCAGGCAGACAGGGACCAUCACCGGGUGCAGGCACAAAAGAGACUGGAGCAGCUACUGGAGCUGUCCCAUGCAGAAGCUAAGGGACGAGUUUUGGAGGGGAAGUAUGUGGAGGCCUUGCCUGCUGGUCAACUUUCGCUGCGCUGUGCCAUGGACCUUUAUGGCCCUGAUGCUGUUGAGCUGGUGCCAGCCUAUCUGCUGCUUGCAGAAGCCAAUGUGGGUUCAGGUUCUCUCACUAAGGCUGAAGGCUAUCUCUCCCAGGCUGAGUGGACAGUGAUGAAGACUCCAGGUUGCAGUCGGACGAUUCUCCAUCAGCUCCAUAGAAACUUAGGACGUCUGUAUACAGCCUUAGGAAACUACGAAUCUGCUCUCCUGCACUUCGCCAACGAUGUCUACUAUGCAAGCGAGGAGUUCGGCUUGAACACUGUUGAGACGGCUGGAGGUUACUACCUGAUGGCAGAAGUCUUCAGCAAACAGGAGAAGCUGGACAUCGCCAACUCCCUCUACUCACAAGUUGCCAGUACCUGGCAUGCUCACCUGUCUAAGCUGGUGGAGUGCUACAAUCAAACGGGAAAUCAGGGAGAGCAGCACUUUGAUGAGGCGCACCUUGCAGAGGUGGAUCAUAUGUUGGGUGUGAUGUUGGAGGCUCAGCAGCAGGGUGCAAACACACAUCCUGCACUGUCUUACUCUCUUGGUCAGUGCUCGUUGCUGUGUCACUCUCUCGCCAUGCUCUGGUUCCUCUGCAGCAACCAUGAUAAGGUGCUGGACUUUGGUAGGAAGGCCAUGGAGUUUAGCCUGCAGUGUGAGCACAACAGUCUGGCUGAGUCCAUCCAGAGUCUCAUACAACAAGCAGAAAAACACUUCAACACCCAACAAAACCAUAUUAUUCAUCACUAACCAAUACAUUCAACACUCCUAUUCUAAUACACACACUUAAAAUUAACCAGUACACUCAACACGCGCCUCUGACUCAGCACUUACCAUAAUACACUUGGCAGUCAUUCAUUUAACACUCACUUAUAACCUCAACAGUCAUUCAACCUCAACGCAAAUAUGUACACAACAUUGCACAUUCAAUAUUAUCUUGUGUAAAAAUUCAGUAACAAUGUAAACACAAUAUACAGUAAAUUGAUCUAGCAUCAUAAUCCUUUGUUUGUAGAGCUUAUGGCUGUGCAGUUUCUCAGCAUGCAUUGUGCAUAAUUAAUGAUUAGUAGUUGCUCUGGUGUUAUUACAAAUCAGAAUGUAUUGGAAUGAUGGUGUUAAAUAACGACACAAGCCUU